CACCAUAGGUUAUAUAAAACUUUAUUAUCUGUGACAACACUUUAAGGAGUCUAAUCUCUAAUGACGGUUCAUAGUAUCCAUGUCCAAUAUCAAUCUGUCGAUGAUUAAUCACAACUUAGCAAUAUUGUCUGUUCUGUUGUUCUGUUAUUAUUUUUUUUCAUUACAACCAAAACACCGAAGAGAACAUUAAAGUUUUUGAUUUUUUUAAGUUGUUACAUAGAAAAGUAAAUAGUUUGAAAUUGUUGGGAAGAAGACGUCUUGAUUGUUUACAGAACUCGUGAUGGAAGACGAAGGACACCAAAAAUCCAAAAAGUAUCUGACCACAAUGUUGGACCAUGCCGAAAUGCACAUUGAAAGUAUACGAAAAGAGGCUUUGAAGAUGGCAGAGGAUCUCGAAAAUGUCUACAGUAACGUAGAAAACGUGAGGAAUUCCGAAAUACUGAACCAAUUGAGUGACGCUGACAAAGAAGACAUAAAUCAGUUUGCCAAUCGUAUCAUAGACAGAUGUGAAACUGUUAACAUCCAUGUACUCACCACCAGGAGUGAAAGUCAGCAAAAUUGUUUGGAAGAAAUCAAUUUGAUGAUUGACAGACUAGUGAAUACAUUGAAGGAUGAUCCCGAUAAUGCCAAGGCUAUGUGUCAGUCAUACAUAGCUUCUUGUAGUCCAUUGGAAAAUGAGCUUGGGUGUAAGGUAUUCGAGACGGCCGUCUUGGGAUGUACUCUUGACGAUCAAAAACGUAUUAUUAAACGACUACAAGGCCUGUUGGAUUAUAUUGUGGGACCUAAAUAUCAGUAGCUUGACAAGCUUGUCUAUCGUCUAAAAUAAUUCCAUUUGUUUAAUUAUAAUUAAUUUUUCAUCAUUAACGUACUCUUAAUGUUAACUACAAGUUUUCAAGACAAACAUAUAGUGAUAUA